CCCACGCUCGCGUUUGCCCUGCUCGCCUUGGUGAGCUCCGUCAUUUCUUCUCCGAUUGACGGUUUUGAGGGACGACCUUACCUAAAACCACUGUCGUCCAUCUCUCCAGAUGAUAAGCGUCAACCUGAUGGCAGCUCGAUCUCUGGACAUUAUGCCGUUGUUGCUCCCAAACGAAAAUGGCCUCUUGGGGUUGUUCCUUGGCAAUAUGAAACUGGAAACGAUUUCACUGAUAGUCAGAAGGGAAUAAUUGUGACAGGUCUGCAACAAAUGAUGAACGCCACGUGCCUAAAAUUCCGGGCAAAAACCGAUGCUGACACAGCCUUUGUGACUAUCCGAAACAACGACACUGGCUGCUAUGGUGGAUACGGCUAUACCGGCGACAAAGUCGUCGUGAACCUGGCCAGUGAUUGCUACGGAGAUACGUCGACCUUGAUCCAUGAAAUGAUGCACGUAUUGGGCUUCGAUCAUGAGCAAACUAGAUACGACCGAGACAUGUACCUAGAGGUCCAAUGGGAGAACAUCCAAGCUGGUCAGGAGCACAACUUCCAAAAAUACCCUCGCACAAAAGCAUACCCAAGAUACCCUUACGACCUUUCUAGUGUGAUGCAGUAUUUCCUAACAGCAUUUGGAGUUGGCGGCCGACCCACCAUGAUCUUAACAGAUUCCUCCAUUGACGAAAACAGCGUAGGCAACGCAAAUUCAAUGUCUAGAUCUGACAUCCUAAGAAUGCGAUCAGCCUAUAAAUGCGACUUCAACGGUGAAAGCGGUGGCAUCGGACGGUUGGAUUAUAAAUUUGAAGAGUCCAAAUUCGCUAAAAACAAUUUUUUCUUUUAACGCUGAAGUUUAAAUAAUAAAGUCACGAGCAGAAAUUUGAAUUAUGCAGAUU